CUCUCCCUUCUCCGGAGACAUUUUUGGUGGCCAACAAUGGACAAGGACACUAAGGAGUACGUUGCUGCCUGUACUACAUGUGCCAGGAACAAGGCCUCUCAUCAGAGACCUGCAGGAUUGCUUCAGCCCCUUCCAAUCCCUAGUCGACCCUGGUCACACAUAGCACUGGACUUUGUCACCGGCCUACCGCCCUCACAAGGAAACAAUACUGUUCUAACCAUUAUUGACCGUUUCUCCAAAUGUGCCCAUUUUGUAGCUCUGCCGAAGCUCCCCUCAGCCCUGGAGACCUCCCAACUUCUCACCCAGCAUGUUUUCCGCCUGCAUGGAAUCCCGGCUGACAUCGUCUCCGACCGUGGCCCUCAGUUCAUCUCUCAGUCAAACGGUCAAACUGAAAGGGCCAAUCAAGACCUGGAAUCUACUCUCCGCUGUGUUGCCAAUCGCAAUCAAUCUACCUGGAGCUCCCUGCUACCCUGGGUUGAGUAUUCCUUCAAUUCACUCACGUCCUCCGCUACUGGUCUCUCACCUUUCGAAGCCUCCUUGGGGUACCAACCUCCCCUGUUUCCUGAGGAGGAGAGUGAAUUGGCAGUUCCGUCCGUCCAGCAACACAUUCGACGGUGCCGUAAGAUUUGGAGGGAGAACCCGCUCUGAACUCCUCCGGACGUCUGCCAGAAAUCAACGGUCAGCCAACCUUCACAGACAUGCCGCUCCCCCUUACACCCCUGGACAAUCAGUUUGGUUGUCUUCCAGAAACAUCUCCCUUCUCACCGAGUCUAAAAAGCUGUCUCCUCGGUUUCUUGGCCCCUUCCUCAUUGAGCGAAUCAUUAACCCCUCUGCUGUCCGCUUGAAGCUCCCCAGAACCAUGAAGAUUCAUCCCACGUUUCAUGUGUCCCAGAUCAAGCCAGUCCACACCAGUGACCUGUGCCCUCCGACCGUUCCCCCUCCUCCCCCCCGGGUCAUUGAUGAUCAUCCUGCCUACACCGUGCGGCGGCUCAUGGAUGUCAGGCGCCGGGGCAGGGGCUUUCAAUACCUGGUUGAUUGGGAGGGUUACAACCUGGAGGAACGUUGCUGGGUGCCUCGGUCACGCAUCUUGGACCCGGUCAUGUUGAGGGAGUUCCACAGGGCAAACCCUGACAAGCCUGGUGGUCGCCAGGAGGCUCCCAUUGAAGGGGGGGUACUUAUCCAUCUGCCUGCUCCUCUGCCUGCCACGUCCAGCCACCAUUCCUCCGUCUGGGUUCCUCCGUGCUUCCACGCACACCUGCCCCAGCCUACCAGCUCACGUCAGCUCUGGAACCCCGGCAUCGGACCUCCGCUCCUCUGUGCUUCCACGCACACCUGUCUUAGCCUGCUAGCUGUAGUCAGCUCUGGAUCCCCGGCUUCGGUCCUCCACUUCCACCUCGGAGGAGACUCGCUGCUGGUCCGGGACUUUGUGGAUUAUUAG